AUGUUUUUCUCACCUUAAUUUUAAGAAUUUAUGGAAAACGAAAAAUCCAUCUAUUCCACUUUGUAAAAACAUCUUGAUAUAAUAUUAGUACACUAAUUUACUUAAAUAGGCUAAUUAAUUAGAUUUCACUUAUCAUUCUGUGUUUCAACUAUUUUGCCAUAUAUCCAUUUUACACAAUACUCAAGCAAGUGUCUUUUAGGCUCUCAUGAAAAUGAUUGGUAGUUUGGUUGAAUAAAAUAAAUAGACAACAAUAAGUGAAGUACUUCUUCUUGAAAACCAACCAAAAUCAACCAAGAUUUUAUAACCAAAUUUUUUUGAAUUAUUUGAGGACAAAUAAACUCAAGCAUCCAAAAUAUAAAAACCUUUGAACGCAAGUGAAGAAAACAAAAAAAUUUCAAUCUAAACAGAAAUUGAACUUCCAAAAGAAAAAGUGUUUAGAGAAACUGUUAAGAACAGAAAGGAAAGACAAUAAAUGAAUGCUCAUGAAUGUGAAGAAUGUGAACAAUUUUAUAAAGCUUUGCCGAAUUCGAAUUAAGCAGAAAAAUUAAAACAGGAUUUUUCAAGGCAUAGGAUUAAUCAUAAGUUAAAUCAAGAAAAAUUACUAUUAACUCCAGAAUGA